UCCCCGACUGCAGGAACCGAGACAGGAGACGAAGCGGAAGUCCCCCGUGCCCAGUGACUGUACUAGCGAGGGACCCGCGGUGUCAUGGCCGCCGACAGUGACGAUGGCGCAGCCUCAGCUCCCACGGUCUCAGACGAUGGUGUCAGCCAAAGCACAAAAUCUGGGGAGGAGCUAGUAGUCCAGGUUCCCGUGGUGGAUGUGCAAAGUGACAACUUCAAGGAGAUGUGGCCAUCCCUCCUCCUGGCCAUAAAGACAGCUAACUUUGUGGCUGUGGACACGGAACUGAGUGGGCUUGGGGACAGGAAGUGUUUGCUGAACCAGUGCAUCGAGGAACGUUACAAGGCCGUGUGUCAUGCUGCCAGGACUCGUUCCAUCCUCUCCCUGGGCCUCGCCUGCUUCAAGCAGCAGCCAGACAAGGGUGAACACUCAUACCUGGCCCAAGUGUUCAAUCUGACCCUACUGUGCAUGGAAGAGUAUGUCAUAGAACCAAAGUCUGUGCAGUUCCUGGUACAGCAUGGCUUCAACUUCAACCGCCAGUACGCUCAAGGAAUCCCCUACCACAAGGGCAAUGACAAGGGUAAUGAGAGUCAGAGACAGUCAGUGAGGACACUGUUCCUGGAGCUGAUCCGGGCCCGCCGGCCCCUGGUACUACACAACGGCCUGAUAGACUUGGUGUUCCUCUACCAGAACUUUUACGCACACCUGCCUGAGAACUUGGGAACCUUCACUGCUGACCUUUGUGAAAUGUUCCCCGCUGGCAUUUAUGACACCAAGUAUGCUGCCGAGUUUCAUGCCCGCUUUCUGGCCUCCUACCUAGAAUAUGCCUUCCGGAAAUGUGAGCGGGAAAAUGGGAAGCAGCGGGCAGCUGGCAGCCCACACCUGACCCUGGAGUUCUGCAGCUAUCCUUCUAGCAUGAGGGCCCAUAUUGACUACCGUUGCUGUGCGCCGCCCCCCACCUACCGUACUCAUUCCACCAGCAUCUGUGACAACUUCUCGGCCUAUGGCUGGUGCCCCUUGGGACCACAGUGUCCUCGGUCCCAUGAUAUUGACCUUAUCAUUGACACUGAUGAAGCUGCGCUGGAGGACAAGAGGCGACGGAGACGACGCAAGGAAAAACGGCGGAGGGCUUUGUUGGGCCUGCCUGGGAAACAGCCUUCUAGGGAAGCUGAAGACAGUCCUCCCACCAAGCAGGUCUGUAAGGACAAUUUCAAGCCUGAGGAAACUGAGCAGGAGGUGGCUGAGGAUGAGACUGGGACUCAACCUGGCUCUGAGCAAGGUCACACAAAUGACCUGGAGAUGGAGCCUAAAGCAACAAGUGCUGAGACAACUGACACGGCCACCUCAGAAGCACCAGAGAGACAAGUCACAACUGACAUGGCCACCUCAGAAGCGCCAGAGAGGCAAGUCAGUCCUAACCCAGUGCCUGGGGAUGGACUGCAUCGGGCUGGUUUUGAUGCCUUUAUGACAGGUUACGUGAUGGCCUAUGUGGGAGUGAGCCAAGGAUCCCAUCCCUGUAGCUCUGAACCAUGGCUACCUGAAUGUCACAACAAGGUAUACCUGAGUGGCAAAGCUGUCCCCCUCACAGUGGUUAAGAGCCAGUUCUCCCGUUCUUCCAAAGCCCACAACCAGAAGAUGAAGCUGGCUUGGGAUAGCAGCUGACCCAACUUCUACGCAGCACUCAGGGCCUAGGAAGAGAAGCUGAGAGUGGAUCAGAGGGGUCUGGAUCCCUCUAGCCUGUGAGUGACUUAAUCCCAACUACUCGGGGAUAGGAUG